GCCGCCUUGGCACCCCUCCUGGAGUUACAAACUCGGGCCCGGCCCGCAGCGCUGGCGCGCAGGCCGCCCAGCUCCCCGCGUCCAUUUCCGCGUGCUUGCAGAGAAGACACAGGCAACGCCUUGGGCUUUUUCUUUCUUUCUUUCUUUCUUUCUUUUUCUCCCCUUUCCCAGAGUUUCUUUCUUUUUCUUAAACAUAAUAAUCUCAAUAAUUAAAGCCCAUCCCCCCUCCCCUCCCCCAACCCCUCUCCCCAUACCCCCUCCCCCGCCCCUACUGAGAGCGCAAAGAAUUGACCAAGUGAAGCUACAACUUUGCGGCAUAAAUUGCUGGGUCCCGGCCAUGUCGCUGACCAACACAAAGACGGGGUUUUCGGUCAAGGACAUCUUGGACCUGCCGGACACCAACGAUGAGGAGGGCUCGGUGGCCGAAGGGCCGGAGGAGGAGAGCGAGGGGCCGGAGCCCGCCAAGAGGGCCGGGCCGCUGGGGCAGGGCGCCCUGGACACGGUGCAGAGCCUGCCCCUAAAGAACCCCUUCUACGACAGCAGCGACAACCCGUACACGCGCUGGCUGGCCAGCACCGAGGGCCUCCAGUACUCCCUGCAUGGGCUGGCAGCCGGCGCGGCGCCCCAGGACUCGAGUUCCAAGUCCCCGGAGCCCUCGGCCGACGAGUCACCGGACAAUGACAAGGAGACCCCCGGCGGCGGAGGGGAGGCCGGCAAGAAGCGGAAGCGGCGGGUGCUCUUCUCCAAGGCGCAGACCUACGAGCUGGAGCGGCGCUUCCGGCAGCAGCGGUACCUGUCGGCGCCAGAGCGCGAACACCUGGCCAGCCUCAUCCGCCUCACGCCCACGCAGGUCAAGAUCUGGUUCCAGAACCACCGCUACAAGAUGAAGCGCGCCCGGGCAGAGAAAGGUAUGGAGGUGACGCCCCUGCCCUCGCCGCGCCGGGUGGCCGUGCCCGUUUUGGUCAGGGACGGCAAACCGUGCCACGCGCUCAAAGCCCAGGACCUGGCAGCUGCCACCUUCCAGGCGGGCAUCCCCUUUUCGGCCUACAGCGCGCAGUCUCUGCAGCACAUGCAGUACAACGCCCAGUACAGCUCGGCCGGCACCCCCCAGUACCCGACAGCACACCCCCUGGUCCAGGCCCAGCAGUGGACUUGGUGAGCGUCGCCCCUCCGAGACUCUCGGCCCAGGCCCAGGCCCCACCCCAGCGGCGGAGGCGAGGAGGACUCGGCCCUUACAGUGGUUAUUAUAUUAUUAUAAUUAUUAUUCUGGAGUCGAGUUGACUCUCGGCUCCGUUGGGGAGGCGCCAGGAGGUUGCUGCACCUCCUUGGAGAGGCAGAUUCCACCCCCCAGCUCCGCCCCAUCCCUCUCUCCGUUUGAACCUUUGGAGACGGCUGAACCAUAAGCCGUGUUUACAGAAUGUUUGCGCAGCUUCGCUUCUCUGCCUCUCCCCGGGGACCGAAUGGUCCCAGCGUUAACGUCCUCACCUGAGAAGGAGAAAAAGACCCCCCCCGCCCCGCUUUUGUGAAUUUUGUAAAAUAUGUUUGUGUGAGUAGCGAUAUUGUCAGCCGUCUUCUUCUGAAGCAAGUGGAGAACACUUUAAAAAUAUAGAGGAUUUUUUUCUCCAUUUUUUUAAAAUAAGAAAAUGCUAAAUAUUUAUGGUCAUGUAAACGUUCUGACAACUGGUGGCAGAUUUCGCUUUUCGUUGUAAAUAUCGGUGGUGAUUGUUGCCAAAAUGACCUUCAGGAAGGGCCUGUACCCCUCAGGGCCCGACUCCUUUCUUUGUGGUUUGUUUUGGUUUGCUUAUAUUUGGUUACCCCUGCUUUCUUCUUUUCUUUUUUUAUUUUGUUCAGUGCAAACAUUUCUCAAAUAUGAAAAAGGAAAAAUGUGUAGGCGAGCGAGAAGCCCCCUGCCCCAUCCUCCGGGUCCUGAGCCCCGGAACUUGGAGCUCAGCGGUUCCGUGCGGU